AUGACAGACUCCCUCGAGUGCCAGAUCUGCCGGCAGUCCAAACGCCGACUCAAGGUACUGUCUUGUUUUCAUUCCUUCUGCCAGCAGUGUCUCGAAAAGUUUCUGAAGAAACAGAAGGUUAAAACUGAGCUAGAUUGCCCCACAUGUCGCAGCAAGACUUUACUUCUGGAUGGCGGGGUCGCGGGACUGAAAGAUAAUUUCUUCGUGGAGAGCCUGGAGGAUACGCUUGACGAGUAUUUCGGAAACACGGCCGCGAAGGCAAAUGGAGACAAACUCGCUUUUCUUGCGAAAAGGAAGGUGGACAACCUCAAGAGUGCUGAGCAACAAGCGCAAGCACAACAGGCCGAGAUGGAAAAAAAUGUCACCGAAACUAUCGAAAAGAUUAAGAGAAAAGCAGAGCAAACUAGGAAGGAGUUAAUCGCGCUUGUCAAUCAACAAGAGGCCGAGUUACUGAGUGAUGUAAACGAGUUGAGCCAGGCCAGGAAUAAGGAGUUCUCCACCGCUAUAAAAGACAUCAAAAAGGCGACUGUGGCGUUAGAGGAGGACAUUAAGAUCAUGACGCUUGGUGGAGAAGUUAGCAGUAGACUGAAGCUACUGUUACAGACAGAGCUUACCGAGAUUACAGGGGACUUACCUGCGAAGGCCUUCAUCGAUUUUGAGGAGGACGAGGCGGCAGACAUGGUCGAGCCUCGCCUUGGAGAAGUCAAGACAAUGGUAUUCGAAGCCCGUUUCACGACCCUCGGUACCACCGGUCGUCUGGGCCCGACCAGCCUGGGGACCCACUACCGCGGACAGGACCACGAGGGGCUGGUGCAGCUGAAGGACGGGAUUCAGUACUUCACUGUACCUGAUACAGGGAAGUACAGGGUAGAGGCGGCAGGUGAGGUGUUGAAAAUACUUGUCGGCCAAGAGGGAGCGGAGACCGAUUCAGGCUUUUUUUGUGUAGGCGGUGGAGGCGGGACCUUCGUCACCAAGACGGACAACACGCCGCUGAUCGUGGCGGGGGGUGCGGGGGGAGGUUAUAAGAUAUAUCAUGUUAGAAACCUCCACAGUGACGGUACAAGAUCGACAGUAGGGCAGUACAGCUCAGGUGGUCGGUCACAUUUUGAAGGAGGGUCUGGUGGAAAAGGCGCCACAAAGGGGGACAAGGAUAAUGUAGGUGGGGGAGGCGGGGGGCUCCUAACGGACGGCGCGAGCGGGAAAGUGCACUUUGGUGGCACUGAUGGGAGUAAUGGGGGUGAGGGUGGGAAGGCUUUCGUGAACGGUGGAGUCGGUGGGAGGGGGGUGUUGUACAAUGCAGAGGGCGGGUUUGGAGGAGGGGGAGGGAGUUAUGGUCGUGGAGAUUCCACUCGAUGUGAUGGCUGCUUCUUCGUGUCCGAAGAUCAUCCACUCGAUGUAGUCCACUAG